UAUAUAAAAGCACUUUAAUACACAGUUCAGAAGUUGCAAUUUCCUUUGCUUGCAACCAAAAAUGGAGCAAGAAAAGAAAGGCCGAACAUCUCACUGCAUAGUCUUAGCCUAUCCAAUCCAAGGCCACAUAAACCCAAUGCUUCAGUUCUCUAAGCGGAUACAACAUAAAGGAGUUAAGGUCACUCUAGUUACCACUCGCUUCAUUUACAAAACCCUCAUGCAUAAACCACCCUCUACUUCUGUUGAUCUUGAAACCAUAUCCGAUGGCUACGAUGAUGGUGGUAUAGAUGAUGCAGAAAGCAUCAAGGUGUAUCUUGAUACCUUCAGAAAGGUGGGUUCUCAAACGCUCACAGAUCUAGUCCACAAGUUGAGUAUCUCUGGCUGCCCUGUGGACUGCAUUGUUUAUGAUGCAUUUUUGCCUUGGUGUCUUGAAGUUGCCAAGAAAUUUGGGAUCUACGGUGCUGUUUAUUUCACUCAAUCUUGUGCUGUUGAUAUCAUAUAUUAUCAUGCGAAUCAAGGGCUGAUUGAACUUCCUUUGAAGGAGAUUAAAAUAUCGGUUCCUGGGUUGCCUCCACUUCAACCUCAAGAUCUGCCGUCUUUUCUUUAUCAAUUUGGAACCUACCCUGCCGCCUUUGAAAUGCUUGUUGAUCAAUUCUCUAAUAUUGGUAAGGCUGAUUGGGUUCUCUGCAAUACGUUCUAUGAGCUGGAAUAUGAGGCAGCAGAUUGGCUUGCAAAACUAUGGCCAUUAAGGACAAUCGGACCAACAAUUCCAUCUAUGUACUUAGACAAGCAGCUUCAAGAUGACAGAGACUAUGGAUUCAAUAUCUUUAAGCCAAAUGAUGAUGCUUGCAUGAAUUGGCUGAAGGAUAAGCCAAAAGGGUCAGUAGUAUAUGUAUCAUUCGGAAGUCUGGCAACUCUGGGGGUUGAGCAGAUGGAAGAGCUAUCUUGGGGAUUAAAGAUGAGUGACAGCUAUUUCCUAUGGGUAGUGAGAGCACCAGAAGAGGCUAAACUCCCAAAGAACUUCAUGUCAGAGAUAACUGAGAAAGGAUUAGUGGUGAAAUGGUGUCCACAGCUACAAGUGUUAGGAAAUGAAGCAGUCGGAUCUUUUCUUACACAUUGUGGGUGGAACUCUACCUUGGAAGCUUUGAGUUUGGGAGUUCCAAUGGUGGCAAUGCCUCAGUGGACAGACCAAACAACUAAUGCAAAGUAUAUUGAGGAUGUCUGGAAAAUGGGAGUUAGAGUUCCAGUUGAUGAGAAAGGAAUUGGAAGGCGAGAUGCUAUAAGAGAGUGCAUAAGGGAAGUAAUGGAGGGAGAAAGAAGAACAGAGAUGGAUGUAAAUGCUAAGAAAUGGAGGAAUUUAGCUCAGAUGGCUGCCGGUGAAGGUGGAAGUUCCGACAAGAACAUUAGGGAGUUUGUUGUCAAGUUGGGUCGCUCUUAAAUUAAUGUUUCUCUUCAUGUACUUCUUCUACCCAGGAAAGAAGGAAAAAUCUAAAUGAGUGACCAAAUUCAUUAAUUUAAUUAAUUUAGUAAUGUAUCAAUACUUGAAAGUAUUAUAUAUUAGUAUUAUUUAAUUUGUUUAUUA